GAGUGACUGAGUGUUACUAGUGUUAAUAGUUACUUAGAGUACUUACAAAGUUACAAACCUCAGCAAUUAAAGUCUAUCUUCUUGUUGUUUACAUCAUUUUAAAUAUCAUCAAACAACCGUAUCGAGACCCUACUAUGACAAUUUCAAGUGAUGCCAUUAUUUAGCAAUAAUACAGCAUAUACAUUUUUUUUAUCGAAAAAAAAUUACGAUUACUUUGAAUUGACGUUGGUGUUAUUGUAACAUUUUUUGUUUACUAAUAUUAGACGAGUUACCAUGGCGACUCAUAAUAGUAUGAACAACGAUGAUCAACGAAGUCUAUUAGGGAAGCAUAUUGGAUAAGGCAUGGUGAAGAUAAUUAUAUAAUAUCAUAUAUUAUUGUUCCACAAUGUCGACGUUUUGUGCUGAUGGUCUUAUUCCAGCGAGAUUUUUAUGUCUCGUUGCUCAUUUUGUAAUGCUCAUCAUGGCUUUAAACCAUAGGAUAUACCAAAAUCCUUCAGUAUAACCACGAAGAAACACACAAUUAAUACUUCUACAAUACAAUUAUAAUUUUACCUAGCUUAAAGUUCAUACUACACACACAUUUGUGUUAAAUAGUUUAACAUUAGCUUAAUAGUUAUUCAUUCCUACAAUGUAUUAUGAAUAUUAUGAUCAAUCCAAAGUGUAAACGCUCGGMCAAUUACAUGUAUUAUUAUAAAUUAAAAUGUGUGCAAAUAUUGAAACCUGCCGCCUUGUUCCCAAACAAUAAUGUGUUGUAUGAAUGUUAUAUGAUAUAUAUAAUCAAUUUAAUUCCAAUCGUGUAUCUAUUGACGCACAUCACAGCUCACUACUUAGAUAUAUCAAUUUAAGUUUUUAUUCAAGGCUGCGAAAAAGAAAAAUACUAAUAUGACGUCAUAAACCAUAUAAAAGUAUUACUUUAAAAAAAAAAUCAUAAUCAUUUGGUUUUUCAAAUAUCGUUCUAAUCUGGCUGUUUUGAUUAAUAGUUUAAAAUACGUUUAAUAAUUAGUUUAGUAUGUAUGUAAUAAUAGUGUUGCUGUGUAUUCAAACACCGAAAUUAUAUUAUGCAACGACGCAUACUGAGCUAUUACAUCCAGACCUAUAGUCAAAUGAUGUAUGCAACAUAAGAUAAUAUAUAAUACAAUAUGCAUGUAUAUUUUUGGUUGCAGCAUUUUUAAUCUAAUAACAUCGAUAUGUCUUGUAUAAUCUGUAACCCAGUCUCUUUCUAGGUAUAUCUAUAGUCUAUACUACUCGUAAAUUUUUAAUAAUUUUGUCAACGCUACAUUCUUCGAUUAAAAUUUGGCAUCACGUGUAAAAUUAUUUAAUUAAGUUUGAUGGAAUUACGAAUAAUCACAAUUACUUAGGAGCAAAACGUAAAAGCCUGUCUACCAUAUGAUUAUGACAACGACCUUUACAUCGAACAAGACAAAAGACACGUCCAAUAUGGAAAAUGAAAUGGUAAUAAAUGAGGAUAAUCAGAAAAAAGAACUAUGUCCAAAUUACUUACUAGAUGAUCAAGAACACAUUAACAAAACAACUAAAGUCUCAUGGGUUUUAGUCAUAACAACCAUAAGUAUUAGUUUAGGGUGUUCAAUUCCUGCCGGGUACAACACUGGAGUAGUAAAUGCCCCGGCAGAAAUAUUGAAACAAUGGUGUAAUGAAACGAUCGUUCAUCGCUAUGCAGUACAACUUUCACCUGCUCAACUUGAUGUCCUUUGGUCUAUACUAGUUUCCAUAUUCUUGGUUGGUGGCAUUAUCGGUGGUGUAGCUGGUGGUAAAUUAGCAAAUGUAUUGGGCAGGAAAGGAACUUUACAAUUUAUAUACCUGAUUAAUUUAGUAUCUGGUAUUCUAUUUUUUAGUUCUAAAUCAUUAGCUCUUGUAGAAUUAUUUUUUAUUGCAAGACUUUUGUCUGGUCUAUCCGCUGGCCUCRCAAUGGCAAUGGUUCCGAUGUAUUUACUAGAGUUAUCACCUGCCAAUAAAAGUGGUUUAUUUGGUGUGAUGUUUACAGUAGGUUUGAACUUUGGUGUGGUGUUGUCUCAGUUUUUAGGCCUUGGAAAUAUCUUAGGAAAUGAUUCAUCGUGGCAUUACUUAUUUAGCCUGUUUGGAGGUUUGGUAUUUUUAGCCCUUCCUACUUUAAAAUGUAUUCCCGAGAGUCCUAAAUAUUUGUAUACUGUUCGCAAUGAACACAGCAAAGCAUUAUCAGAACUAAGCAAUUUAAGAGGAAUGCCAAUAUCUGAUAUUAGUUGGGAAUUAGAAAAUUUACUUGUUUCUCCUGAAAGGUGGACGCUGAAAAGGGUUAUCAAUGAACCAUCUAGCCGCAAAGCUAUCAUAAUCACCUGCAUAAUAAUGUUGGGUCAACAACUGUCUGGAAUUAACGCAGUGUUUUACUAUUCUACGUCGAUGUUCAGAAACGCAGGCAUGAGCACAGCUGGUGCUCAAUAUGGAAAUCUAGGUGCAGGAGUAAUAAACUUUACUGUAACUAUUUUAUCAACUAUAUUUAUUGACAAUUUUGGACGCAAAACAUUGCUAUUAUUUAGCAGCAUUAUUUGUGUAUUCAUGCUUACGGCUUUAAUGAUUUCAAUGAUUUUAUCAUCCAUUGGUACAAUACCAGGAAUUUCUUAUUUGUUGAUUGUAUUUGUUAUUGGUUACGUGUUAUUUUAUGGAUUUGGAUUAGGACCAAUCCCGUUCUUUAUUGGAUCAGAAUUAACUGAUGUUGGACCCAGACCUAUUAUAAUGUCAGCAAUGAGUGUUGCUAAUUGGUCUGGAAAUUUUUUGGUUGGACUUACAUUUCCUUUUAUCACCCUUGUUCUCAAACAAUACUCUUUUCUUCCAUUCAUCGUGUUCACCGUACUUUUAAUCAUAUUUACAUGGAAAGUGGUUCCAGAAACCAAACAAUCUUUCAACCAUCAGAGUGCCGAUACUGAAUAAGACCCAAGAUUUUAUWUGUUUCACUUUGAUAUUUGAUGAAAAUUUAUUAUUGCCUGUGAUUUUAUUAUAUAUUAU